UUGACCGCAGUGCCUCAUCAGAGCUCGGCUCAGCUGAAUUGUGAAAUGAACGAUUCGUUUUCGUGACUGAUUCAGUUCAGUUCGUCCACGAUAGCGACCUCCGUUGCUGCAGACACAUGCCAUUGGUCUCCGGUACUGCAGACGUAGUAUUAUUGUCUCAUUCCGACCCGUGAAUGCAGCCGUAGUGCGCUUGAAGGUGGAAGCAGUGCUGAGUAACGUUAACAGUCCGGACUCCAGACAAGGAGCGAACAGGCCAGGUCAUAACGUGGUGUUGCUGUAGAUCUGAUCGAUUGGGCAAACGUCGGCAUGGAGCUGCACCUGUUCACCACGGUCUGUCUCCUCUUUGGCAGGAUAAUGAUAACGCAUCAGACUCACAUGAACUCUGUGUCCUCGUUUCUGUUCACACCACGUGGGCCCCAGAUGUUUCCAUGUCUAACUUACCUGGAGAGAAAUGUCAGGGUCGACUGUGAGUUUCCACCCACCUACCAGGUCCCAGGUCCCUACUGUGAGUAUCGGCAGGACAGCCGGCUGGUGGGCAGCACCUACCCCAAUGCUGUCAUCUACGUGUCCACUGAAGACCGCAGGAGAAGCAAUGUGAGCCUGGUCACUCCCAAUCUGUGCCGUCUCACCUGGGCCCCGCUGGCUGAUGAGAAGCCUUACACCUACACCUGCAGAGUUUACCAAGGCAACAGCUGGAAAGAGAACAGCAUGGCUGUGCACCACAGAAUCCUGCCUAUAUGCUCUGCAAUCACUCUUAAAUCUGCACCAUGGCUUUUGUCCCUGGUGAUGUCACUUCCUUUGGCUGUUGGUCUUCUAAGUCCAUGAACUCUCACAUUUACGGAGAUUCGAAGCUAUGAAAACCUUUUAACAUAAAUACGAGUGAAUGUGUAAAUCACUGGACAAUAUUUAAAAUGUUUCUCUGUGAUGUGAAAGAUUUCAUGUAAAAUACCAUAUUCUCACCCCUGUACAAUUGCACACCAUUGUUUGACAAUGCUAUCAAAACAUGAACAAAAUCAUAGUGAUAACAAAUUAAAGACCGUCAGCAAAUUAAAUAGCGAAAAGUGUUCUAAGUUAUUGUUUCUGUUUUAGAUGUGAACUACUGUCUCAAUCAGUGGCUAAAUAACAAAUCUUUUUGUAGAAGGCCAAACAAAUAUUAAUUGUCUGAUCUCUUCAACAUAAGAUAAAGGGAUCUUAUGUGUGCCAUUAGGAACUGAAUUUGAAUUAUUUACAACACUCAAUUUGAACAAUUGCUUUUAAAAUUAGAACAUCAACUGAAUCUGAAUGUAUUGGUUUCAAAGUGUAUAGCAAUAAAUUACUAAAGGUGAGGAGAGCCCAUGUAUUGGCUGUUUCGUGCAAUAGAUUUAUGAAUGAUUUAACAUGGCUAAUCAGCUUUCAGUUCGCCUUAUUUUGUUAUGUUCACCACUUUGUGCAACUAUGCUUACAGAAUUGUAUCACUACAAGUUUGCUUUUGAAUAAUAGUAAAUAAUAACUGCUCAAACACUGCCUUUCCUGCUAGUACCACACACCUACAGUUUAGAUGUCAUCUCUUUUACCUAGUUAAAGAAAACGAUUGCUUCCCUAUUGGAAUGUGAUCAAAGAAAUCCUUAACAUGAUUGGGGUAUUUCUUAAGCAUAAAUACAUUUGAACAAGUCAUUGCAAUGUAGUGCUUUGUAGAGGUUAUCUAUGCAGCCUUUAGGUCAGAGUCAGCCUACUGAGAACAAGAUGGUGGCAUAAUGUUAAUGUCAUAUCCUGUGUGUUAACCAUUGACAAUUCUCUCCUUCUGAUCACUUGUGAAAGUACAUAUUACUGUAUGUGUAUAGUACAGAAAUGUAUUGCAUCCUUUUAAUUAUUCAAAGUAGCUUCCAUUUAAACAUUUAAUUUUGUAUUCCAUUUAACAUUAAUGCAAUUUUUUUUUAAAUUGAUGUCAUUAAGAACUAAAUGUUAUCGCUUUCUUUUAUUUUUUUAUUAACUAGUUGGUUAUGCUUGCAAUAAAACAUUUAUAUUUAUAAAAUAAUCAGUUAUUUUUGUUAAACUGUAUUUUAA